AUGACGCUUGAGGACCCGUUCUUUGUCGUCAAAGACGAGGUGAGCAAAGCUUUGAAUAAAACGAGAGGUCUCUACAGUCGUUGGGCGGAAUUGCAGAAUGUCACUGUCACAACCCCAACGGUAGGUUCAGGGCUUCCGAUUUGCCGGGAAGAAUUGGAGUGGACCACCACCGAGCUUCGAAACUCUCUCAGGUCCAUUGAAUGGGACCUUGAAGAUUUAGACGAUACUAUUUGUAUCGUAGAAAAGAAUCCAUCAAAGUUUAAAAUUGACAACAAAGAAUUAACAAUUCGAAGGCAUUUCAUUGAACAAACCCGUGACGAAGUAAAGAUUAUGAAAGACAAGAUGAAUUUGAGCAGAGGUCGUGAUCGAGAUCGUACUGCAAGACAGCCGCUUUUGGAUAACAGUCCUGCACGAGUGCCAGUCAAUCAUGGCACGACAAAAUACAGCAAAUUAGAAAAUGAAAUCGAUAGUCCUAAUCGACAAUUUUUGGACUCAACGAUGCAUCAACAACAGUCAAUGAUGCAUCAACAGGAUGAGCAACUCGAUAUGAUCGGAGAAAGCAUCGACACACUAAAGACUGUCUCCAGACAAAUAAAUUCUGAACUCGACGAACAGGCAGUAAUGCUGGACGACUUCGGAAACGAGUUGGAGGUGACAGAUUCCAAAUUAGACGCGACCAUGAAAAAAAUGGCCAAGGUGCUCCAUAUGAGUAAUGGUAACUAUAACAAUUACAUUCCCGCUCCUACCACUUCAGCGUCUAACGAAACAGGCUAUAUUCCUAAUAAGUCAUCCUCUCUCUAUGCUCUGUCGACCACUAUUACUAACUGCUUUCUGUGCUCCAGGGAGUAAUAACCUCCACUUUCAUAGUCAUGUACCACUUACAACUUAAAAUGCGUGAAUCCAUUUUAAUUUUCUAAUUACCUCCUACGAAUUCCAAACGAACGUGCCAGUCUCAAUAUUUUUCCACCUCUCUAAAUACCCAUAGACAAAUAUUAAACUCGAUAGACUAGAGACGUAGAAUUAUAUACGAUAGAACCCCAUAAUAUCUAGGAUUCAACCCUAAGGUUAUUUUCAGUUUAAUAUAUUUUUUUAACUCAAAGGCUUUUGUACAUUCUUAUUUAAAUUUUUGGAGAUUUCAUUUGUUUUUCUAUGAAGAGAUAAUGAGUACAAAACUGAAUUUAUUUUUUUGUCGGAGAGAAAAAACUUCUUCUAAAAUUGUACUGAUGUCAGAAAGUAGUUUAUUUUUCUGAUAGAUAGUUUGUUACGAUCCAGAAUUGUUUUAUAAUUAACGAAAUAGGAAGAAUGAAAGGUUUGUUUACUGAUUUACCAAUAUUGAACAUUUUUUGUCUAAGAUUAGCCAAUACAGGGUGUCUACUCGCCUGAAAAACCUGGAAUUGUCAGGGAAUUUUUAUAUUCCUGCAAAAACCUGGACGAUAUAAAAUUAGAUAACAUUUUUUCAUUUGUGAAAGUAGAUUUAUAUUACUUUAUUUAACUAUUUUGGUCAAAAUUCUUAU